GAGUGACGAGAACUGUCAUAACCGGCCUAGUUCAGUGCCACUUCGAUAUCUAUAUGGGCCAGUUCGUUCUAGUGCUCAUUUCUCUCUUGUGAUCGGCCAGAAGUCAGAACUCCUGGGUGCCAUGCUGUCCAGAAUCAGUAUCAUUCUUCUCAUCCUUGUGUUGGCGUCAGUUGCGCAAGCAUUUAUAGGAUGCAGCUCCCACUGCAGUAGUGACGUCGAUUGCCCCAGAAAGGGCUGGUUCUCCCAUAAGUGCAAUCGCUUCUGCUGCUCCGAUUCAAGCAGUUGUCACAGUCAUCACUAUAAGAAAUGCAUCACCGUGAGGUACCUUGAGUGCAAGAGUGAUAAGGACUGUCCAGGCUAUCAGCCCUACUGUGGGAAGAACAAGUGCCGCCCGGUGACGGAGACCUGUCUCCAGGGUGAAAACGGCAUCGCCGCCUGCAACCGCUGCUUCUGUGUCGGCAACGCCACCAACAGUGGCUGGGGCUGCACCAAAAUCGGCUGCCCAAAACCCUUCAGUUUUCGCGGCGCGGUGCCCUGUCGGCUGGCACCGGACCUCUGCUGAUAUACCUGCAGCCACGAGAGGACUGCUGGAUGAAGGACGCACCGACACCGGCCUGAGGAGCGAGUCAGCCGAACGGAGGCGUUCCGUCUCAACUGAAUACCGGGAAUGCCAGCGCUGUAUCUGUACUGAGCUCCGAGAAAUGUAUAUCAGGGAGUGGUGCGUGGAUGUGAACUAUCAAAUCAGCGGUGUUUUGAACGCAAUACACCUUCUAAGCACA